AGUCAGUGACCAUGCCGGGCUGUGAGGAGCGGCACCUGGCGGAGCUGAACCUGCACCGGGAGAGUUGGUGUCAGGUGGAGGUGAAACCCCGGCAGUCCUGGGACAGGACCCAGAGGAGACACUUCAGGUCUCACUUACAGACCAGUCCGGUUCUCCUCAGCAUGCUGACCUCUGGGCCUCACCACAGGCUGGUGGGCAUGAAGCCGCCACCACCGCCGGCCAAACUCCCCGAGAGACGCCACUUUGAAGAAAGCUAUACGACAUGUCUGAUUUAGCCGUCAGCCGCUGAACCACCUUCCAGUCCAGACGUCCUCUCCAGCCACCUCCUGCGACACCUGCGGGUCUGGAUCUGUUGCAGGUCGUCUCCAAGGCGGUCCUUCUGAUCCCAGCAUGCAGAAGCAUAUGGAGAAUAUACGCACAGUACACUGCAUUGAUAUUAUUACUGCAGAAUAAAUGAUUGAUCAAAUGUUCAAA